UGCCCACCAUUAAAAAUGGCUUGGAGCACACAACCGACACCUUCUUUUAUUCUCAAGAUGAGGUAGAAAGAAAGAGUGACUGCAAUUGUGGCAUUGCUAAUAAACAAACCAGAUCUCCCAUGUGAAGACAGAGUGAAUAAAGAGCAAGAAAGCAGAGGGCUUUCUUUGAUUCUCUAAAACCAUGAGAUAGCAUUGUGUGUUCAUUGCAUCUUCCUUGUUCUGCUCCAAGCUCAUUUUCAUGUAGACCAAGCUACAAGCACAGAAAACAGAGAUAUAGCUCAAUCUCUCUCGAAUUAUAGUACUACCCAAGAUGGCAAGAAUUGUUUCUGCUAUUAGUGAUUGAGAUUGUGUGCUAAAUUGAAUUGGAGUCCAAAUUAGGAACUUUUCUUGAAUAUUAUGGGAUCUUUGGGACUUGACAAUGAAAAUUUAGGAACAGAUGUUUACUUCUCUUUGGGGCUCAAACAAUCAGGCAAAGGAGCUAUGAAGUUUCCUCCCCGGGUUCUAUCACCGCUCUCUUCACUUCUUGAGAGAUCUGUUCAGAGCAAUGAGAUGCAUAUGGAGGCAGCAGAAAUCAAGGAAGUUACAAUAUUUCAUGGUUUAAGAGCACCCCCUUUGAGCAUUCGACAAUACAUUGAUCGCGUUUUUAAGUACUCUGGCUGUAGCCCUUCAUGUUUUGUUGUUGCCAAGAUCUAUGUGGAUAGAUAUCUUCAGUCAACACAAGUGCAUUUGACUUCUUUCAAUGUUCACCGACUUCUGAUAACAAGUGUGAUGCUGGCAGCAAAAUUUAUUGAUGAUGCAUUCUUUAACAAUGCAUACUAUGCCAAAGUGGGAGGAGUCAGCACAGCAGAGUUGAAUAGGUUGGAGAUGAAGUUUUUGUUUACUAUAGAUUUCAGACUUCAAGUUAGUAUAGACACAUUCAAGAAAUACUGUUCUCAGCUAGAAAAGGAAGAUGCAGUACACCAGAUUGAACGUUCAAUCCAAGCUUGUGGUGUCAAGGAGGAUGAGAUUGUCAUAUCCUCCUCUCAACGCAUGAUUACAUGAUUUUUCUGAAUUGCAAUUAGUUAGAAGAAAUUUGAUUGUUUAGCGUGUGUGCCACGAAAAGCACUUCAAAGAACCAUUCUUUAGGUAUCAUUUCAUUUUGUGCAGGGUACAGUUUCUCUCUUUUACGUUUAUUCAAGGCUUGUAAGAACGAUUGUUCAACUUUAUGGUAAAGGAAGCGUGAGCAGUGAGUCGUCCAUUGU